AUGGAAUAUAAAUAUGACAUCUCAAAAAUAGAAGUUUCUCCUCAAGGUUUAAAGUUACUUGCAAGUGAUGGUCCAUCUAAUCACAAUAUAAAUACCACUCCAAUCACAGAUGAACAUGGGACCCAAUGUUAUUAUAGACCUGUAUCACCUAAUGAAAGCAAGGAAAAAUUAUGGCUUGAAAAAAUUGGUAAAGGCUUAGAAGCAUGGCUGAAAGAUUUUAAUGAAUUUAAGAAUAAAAUAAUAGGAUCAAAAUUACUAGAAUUUCCAGCAGGUUAUUCAUUUUUUGAACAUAUAAAAACAUAUAUAGAUAAGAGUGACAGGAGAGAUAAUUAUCUUUUUGGUGGAAAAUAUCGAUUCAGGUCAUCAAAUGAAUUUAUACCACAUGCAAUAUAUCUAGCAUCUGAUAGAAGUGUUCCUUGUAGUUGUAUAUAUUGUUUUAAAAAACCACAAGAGCCUAUCAAUAAAACUUUGACAACUGCUAAUUCAAAACAACAAGUACAAUUUCUCAAAAAAAACCUGCUAAAAGAAAAAAUGCAACAUUUUCUAGUAGAUUUAAAAGGCCAAACAAGCAAAAGAAUAUUGGAUGAUUCUCCAACUGAUUUUUCACUAUCAAUUCCAGAAACAUUUUCAGCAUUAUUAUCUACUACUGAUAUUAAUAAUAUUCAUAACUGGGUGCAAAUACCUGAUGAGAACUUGUUAGAAAACAGAAGAUUAUUAAUUUAUAGACCAAAUGAAAUAGUUUGGGUGAAAAAUUCAAGUGUACUAAGCGAAAGUCAAAUGGAAGCUCUUAGAAAAUAUAAUAAUUAUCCGACUAAUUGGUGGCCUGCAAUUGUUGAAUUUGGAACUAAUAAAAUGAUUGGAAUAAAACCUUUGGAAAUUGAUAUUAAAUUAAUAAAUCUUGGAAAUGAAGAUAUUAGGCCAUGGUUGUCUGAAGAUAUUAGAAAAAUCAGAACCCUUCUUUUUCAUAAUAAAUCAAAACAAGGUUGCAGUUUGUAUAUUCAAAAUUCAGAAGGGAAAUUACUUUUUGAUAAUCUUAUGAGGGCUUUGAGGCAUGCAUAUGACAUGUCUAAGAACUAUUCAUUAUCUUCAAGAGUUAAAAAAAUCAAUAUUAAUGAUGACUAUGAUAAUUCAAUAAAUGAAAAUUUUGAUUAUUAUGGACAAAUAUAUUGGGGUAAUGAAUGUAUAAAAACUAAUGAUUUGGCUAGAAUAGACUGUGGCAAAAAAGGUAGUGAUUUAUGUAUAAAAAUCACUGGAAUAUAUAAAGACAAUAGGAAAUCAAUAAAGUUCAAGGGAGAUUUAUUAAUGUCAAUAAAAGAUAAAUCUAAACAUAAAUAUUGGAUUAAAUUCAAUCUUUACAAUAAAAAAUAUAUUUUUGAUUUGAAUAAAGUUGCUGGAAGAUACUAUUGGCCUGAUUGGCAUGUUAAAACUACCCAAUCAAUGCCAAUUAAUUAUGUGAUAGAUGAAACAAAAAGGGUCCAUGAUGGUGGUGAUUAUAACAGUGAUGACAGUGAUGAAAUUCCAUUGAUUGAAAACAAACUCGAUAAAGGAAAAAAACGCAAAAACAUUGACAAUGAUAACACUAACAUUCAAUCAUUGAGUGACAUUACCAUCGAGAAUUUACCAACCAAGCCCAAGGUUGAUAAAGGAAAAAAACCAGUAAUCGGAUAUAAACCAAUGAAAAAACAAACAGCAAGACGCUCAAUACCAUUUCCUUUUAAAGCAACUGAUAUAAGUUAUGAUUUUGGACCAAAUGCCUGA